GACCCCGCUUCAAUUUAGUAUCAAAAUACGAAGUAGUAUAUAGGCAUAGGACCUAAAAAAUAUAAAUUUUAGGAGACGAAAUGGGUCCCGAUGGGUUGCUUUUUAUAUUUUCCUUAUUGGAUGAAGGAGCGCUAUUAUUCCUUGCUGUAUAUUUUGUAUCCUUACUUAGUUAUCACCUUGCUUUGAUUAGAUUUAUUUAUAGAUUCUCUCUUAAUAAAAUCAUGUGAGCCAAUCGAAUCGAAAAGACAAAAAUAUUAAUAAAUCUCGCCAAUUUACUGACUCACUGUUCAGUUCAGUAAUUAACUACCACACUGCCCACAGUACUGUUUUUUUUUUUAAAUGACAUAUUUGAUAUUUAUACUAAUUUAUUUGGCGGUAUAGGCUUACUAUAAUUAUAAUACCAAGGCUAAGGAUUAUUAAAUAAUAAUUAAUAUUAAUAAAUCUUAGUUAUACUAUACUAUAAAUAAUAUAAUAAUGGUAAAAGUUAAAGGUUAUGUGUGGUCGGAGAAAUGAAUAGCAUCUGAUCAAGUUACAGGACACCAUGGAGGAGGAGUAUUGGGUCGUAGUGACUUUGACUUUGAUAAAUAUCAGAAUUUAUUUCGAAAUGUGGAGACAGGAGUCAUUUGGGCUACCACACCACAGGAUGUGAGAUGGAAGGGAAAAUGUUGGACGGGCGGGGGGGGGGGGGGGUUUAUGUAAAUAUUCUUGGGCGGCCAUUUUUAAAUUUUUUUUUUCUUUAAUUCUUUGCAGGUCUGCAUCCCCCCUCCGCUUCUAAAAAUUUCCCGCAAACGCCCCCCCCCCCCCCUUUCUGUAUAAAUUAAAUAGUACCCGUAAUAAAAUUUGUAAAAUUUUGAAAAAUUAAAAUAAUUUAUUUAUUAUCGGUUUAUUUGUUAAAUUAAUUUUCUAGAUACAAGAAAAAUAUUACCAAUGCCAGUAAUGCACAAACAAAAUUCACCAGAAAAAAAUUUGCUGCUGGCAGAAACAACUAGCAAUGGCAGCAAAUGAUAUUUAAAAUUUAUUUUCUGAGUCUUCUGCACUUUCACCCUUGUUUUAAAACUACUGUUUUAGGGAAAUGUUUCUGACACAGGUGCAAUAACUUGAUAUCCACAGUGGACAGAUGGAUUUUUUUAUGUGGGGGUGGGUGCAGAGGUUUGUGAAGUUAUCUUGGAAGAGGAGGGGGGGGGCUAACUUUUUGUGAUGAUUUGGGGGGGGGGGGUAAACAUUGGCAAAAUUUGCACUAUAGAAGGACCAUUGAUAGUUUUUGCGUUCUGCCUGAUUUAUUUGCGGACAAAUGUCAGUUGAUGUAAAAAUUUUAUGAACUAUCAGUAAAUUUAUAAACGGCAACUCUGCUCCUGAUGUUUAAUCAAUAGGAGAUGCUGUUUACGUUGUGUUGACAGUAUUGAUAGUUACUGAGAGUGGUUUGGUUGGAGGGGUGGGAUGGAAUUUUUAAAAAAAGUGGUGCAGAUAGGCUUAGAUCUCUUACCAAAAACUUUUAAUCAUCUGAAUGAAUCUCAUAGUUAAGGGAUUUAAAUGAAGUGCCACUUUGACGUUGUGCAUUAUCUAGAAUGCUUGCCAGUAUAAAGCAUGUUUAAGCAACAUGUACACAUUAGUUCUUAAUAAAUUGAUUCAAACAUUUAUGCCAUUCAUUUAAUGAAUAAGGCAAUUAAUCAAUGCCAUGAAAAUAUACUUCAUUUUUCUAUUGAACCAAUCUUUAGUCCAGUCCAGGUAGAUCGACAAAAUUUUUAUUUUCUAAGGCAUACCUGCCACUGUUGCUUGUUAAAUGUGCUAAUGUUUUGAAGAAAAAAGCAGCUCACUGUGAAGCAUGUUGUUUUAGUAACAUGCGGCCUUGGGAAAGCCGCUCCUAGGUGACCGUUUCGUCCCGACACAGUCCCGACCGAACCACUCCCCAAACGGUGGGGUGAGGUAACGCAACACCUCCCCGGAGAGGAAGCAAAGCCGUUCUAACCCACGUCCACACAACUCCCAGGAACGGUGGGAAAAAGUUAAGCUCGAGACUACUCCUGGAGUGGAGGUAAAGCCGUGCCACACCAAGGAACGUAUGGCUCCCUGGCUGGUGGGGGAGGCAACGCAACGCCAUCCCCAGAGAGGAAGCAAAGCCGUUCCAAACCAACGUCCAGACCGCAAGACUCAUUGGGCAAGUGGGGUUGUGACGCAAAACUGUCCCCUCAUGAGUGGAAGCAAACUGCCCAGCACUCCUAUUACUCGAGACCGUGUUGCAUGGCCGGAGUCCCCAGGGACUACUAGGCCAUGUUUCAUGGCCGAUGUCCUAAGAGAUAGAAUCUCGACCUCCUAGAGUAUUGAACUUUAUUAGUGUAUUUAACAUCUUAGCUUCUUUUUAAAAAAUACACACUUACAAACAAAGAUACCUUAAUCAAUGACUUUAUAGUUACUUAGUUAUGUAAUGAGCUCUCCUCCCGGUGAGAGACACUAUGAUACAAAUAAGAACACUUGUUAAGAAUAAUACAAUAUAAAAAAAUGCUUUAAAAAAACACACUUUUCCAAAAAUGUGCUAUCAAAAAAUAUAAAAGUAUAAAAUCCCCCCCCCCCCCCCCUUUCUCAUAUAUGAAUUACUAUGGUCAUAUGACUAAUAAAAAGCGUGUGGUGCCCAUGAACUCAACGUUAUUUGUUUCAGCUCAAUAGGUGAUCAGGAAGUAGGUCAGUAUUGAGAUCAAAGAUUUGACCACACACAAACUAACAAAUGGACAGAAGAACCUAAGAAAAAGUCAUUUGACAUUGUAUUUCAUUGGUGCCCUAUGCUUUUUAUAGUCAUAAUACUGAAACAAUUUUUUGGUUGUCAUUUAUUUUAUACUUCUUUAGUGCAUAUUUGGAAAAUCAUGUUUUUUUAAAAGUAUCUUUUUAUAUUGUUUUAUUUUGUACUUUUUAGUUUUAGUCAAAGUGUAAAACAUUUCAGCUCAAUUAGAGAUCAGGAAGUGUAUCAAAAUUGAGAUGCAUGAUUAGACCAGCAUAGGUCACUCAAAGGUCACUGGUGACCUACUGAUCAUGAAGGGUUUUAUUGUCAUCAGGUCAAAAUUGAGAUGCAAGAUUUGACCCAGGCAAACAGACAAAAUCGCAAGUUAAAUAAAAGCAUCUAAAAUGGACCAUAGGCCCAAGGCAAGAAUCUGGAGUCUAUAGUCUGUCCUGUUUCAAAACCGUGAAACGGGGUGACUUUGCCUACUUUUGGCCUUUAAGUAUAAAUUUCAACACUGUUAACUGAUUUAAAAACUAACACAAAGGGGCUAAUGUACAGAGUGGGUACCUGCACUUUGUUGUUAUAGCUGAAUUAAUUUAGUUUGAUCAGGUUAAGUUAAUAAUUAAGGUUUUUAGAGAUUUUUCAACCUAAGGAAAAAUGGGGUGACUUUGCCCUUUUAAAGUGAAAGACAGCACAAUGCAUGUAGAAUUUAUAAAACCAAGCAAAUAAGGCAUUUUAUUUUCUGUAUUUACUGUUUGAUCAUAAAGUUUUAUUGUAAUGAAAGGUUGGAAGUAAAUAUUAACACCAGUUCACAUAAAAAAUGAUUCUCGGUGAUCUAUUCUUUCGAGACAAACCUUCGUCAUAGGUUUUCGCAUUUACUCCAUGUAAUGAAAGCUUUAUUUUGUGAAUUUGUCACAGUAGUGUAUGUAUGCAUGUACGGCAUCUUUCCUUCUGCGGGAGACGAUAGAUUAUCUUUAUAGCUUGCAGCUCUUGGUGUGGCUGGUUAGACCAAUCCUCGAAUGGCAGUCUCUGUUACAUUUCCCACACACGAAUGCUGUGGAGCAGUAUUUACCGGCCUUCCUCCUCGCUCUUUUUGCAGCUGUUUCCCCCCUGUUUUGAUCCUCGGCAUGUAGUGAUCCUGCCUUCACGAUGCCCCGCCAUGAGGAUCGAUCCUCUGCCAGCUCCUCCCAGUUUGAGAUGUCGAUGUUGGCCGACUUCAUGUCUCUUUUGCAUAUGUCUAAGUAUCUCGGACGAGGCCGUCCAACUGACCUUUUCCCUGUCGCCAGCUCGCUGUAUAGCACCUCCUUUGAUAUGCGACCAGGUUGCAUUCGCUUGACGUGUCCAAGCCAGCGGAGGCGUCUUUGGAUUAACAUGGCUGGGACACUACACAUGUUUGUUUGGGACAGGACAUCCGUGUUGGGGACUUUAUCUUGCCAUUUAAUGUCAAGGAUGUGGCGCAGGCAUCUGAGGUGGAAGCCAUUGAGCCUUCUUUCGUGUUUAGAGUAUGUGGUUCACGACUCGCAUCCAUACAGAAGUGUGCUCAGUACGCAGGCCUGGAUGCAGGCCUGGUACACCUGCAGCUUAGUUCUUGUUGUGAGUUUGGCAUUUGACCAGACUCUUUUCUUCAGUCUGGCCAUAACAGUUGCGGCCUUCCCUAUCCUCCCACUUAUCUCAUCCUCCAUUGAGAGGGUGCUCGAUAUGUUGGAUCCCAGAUAUGUGAAUCUGUCAACAGUAUCCAAGUCGUAGUCGUCGAUGGCAAUAGUGGGGAGGGAGUCAGCGCCCUGUGCCAUAAUGUUAGUUUUCUUUAGGCUAAUUGUCAGGCCAAACUCUUUGCAGGCAGCGGAUAGGCUGGAUACGAGGCUCUGCAGGCCGUCAGCUGUGUGAGAUACCAAAGCGGCAUCGUCCGCAAACAAGAACUCCCGCAGCAAGACCUUUCUUGUUUUAGUCUUAGCUCUAAGGCGGGCAAUGUUGAAUAAUUUGCCGUCAUCUCUAGUGUGGAUGUAUAUCCCCUCGCUGUUGUUCUGAAAGGCAUACUGGAGUAGGAUGGAGAAAAAGAUUGCAAAUAAAGUAGGAGCCAGCACGCAACCUUGCUUAACUCCACUACUCACUGGAAAAGCUUCUGAGGCGGCACCGUUAUAGCACACUGUGCCCGGCAUGUUUUCGUGGAACUGCUUGAUGAUGUUAAGCAGUCGUGUAGGGCAGCCUAUCUUUUUGAGGAUCUGAAACAGGCUGCUUCUGCUGUAACUGUAAAUAUAAUGUCUUUCCUAUUAUCUCAGUUUAUAUCUUUGGCACAUAAAAUCCUCAUCUCAUACAAAAUCCAUUCACCAAGUCAACUCGAAGAUUGUUAUCCUGGAAUCGUUUCACCGCAAUUUCACCAUCAUUAAGAUUGGUCCAAAAUAAAAAAUUUAGGCCAAAACUUAUAUUUGUUCUAGUUGAGACGUUCAAAAAUCUGAUUAUGUCUCUUUAGGUGCUUUACUAACUUUACUUUAAUUCUUCUGUCUAAGAGCUUGCCCUCCAGUUGUUUUCUUGUGGCUACUAUAUGCCAUUUUGUUUCUCACUCCAACGGGUAAGCUGGUUGAUGUAUCAUAUGUUUAAUAACAAAAUAGGUGGGGUUGAACAAAUUUGAAUCUUCAGUCAGCCUACAAGUUUUCACAAAUCUUUGGCUUUUCCAAGUGUGUCUAAAAAAUAAAAUUCUUAUAAUUACCCCCAUUAUCCAUUCUUGUCAUUUGCAUUUUUUUUUCCCUCUAUCUGGUGCAAUUGUUAUGUUUCCUGCAUGUCCCCAACUGUGGGUAAAUAGCUGGAUUGUUAGCUAUUCUUGGGUAUGAGGUAAACCCUCUAUCCAGAAAAGAACAGUCAACUUAGCUUGGCAAUUAAAAAUUGGGUCUCUAUGGUGACUCCGCCAAAAAAAAGUUGUUGUUUUACCAGGUUACAGCCAUUGGAAAGAAUUCAGAAAGUAAAAAAAUUCAAUUUUAUUUAUGUUGAAUGAAAUCACUGACACGAAACAGACUUCCCUUAACUAGUUCAAGGUAAUUACGCUAUCAGAUUUGGAAUGUGACUACCUCAAUGCCAGAGUUUGCUGUGACAAACUUAAUUAUGUGAGUAUUUUAAGUGAUUUUUAAAAUAGAAUUCACUAACAAUUUAAUUUAUUGAAUUUAUUCAUUACACUUUACUGACUUGCACGAACAGAUUAUGCUUUGAUACUUUGGCAUUCAUCAUUGGCAACAAGUUGCAUUUGAACUAAUUUCUUUAGUAUAAUAUGUAAAUAAUUAUAUAGCUAAAAAAUUUAAUAAAAAAUGUAGUUUAUAUGUUAUUGCAGUGUAAUAAAUUUUAUUUUGUUUCAGUGGGUUGUGAUGGAACUAAUAAGUCAUAAUGUCCUUUCAUUACUUCUAUUAAUCUCUGGUCAUUGGAUGCUCUUUCUACUGUACUGUCCUUUGGGUGUGUGGUUUACUUACAAGUAAGUGUAUAUUGUCUUUAUAGUGUAUUAUAGGGUAUUAGACGUGUUAAAAAUGAAAGGGGCACAGGAGUCACUAGGGUCAGUGUCAGAGUCGGUGUGGUCCUUCAAAAUAUGACGGGAAAGUCACGAAAGCAAUCUGUUCAAUUACAUUUCGUUUAUUUUUCUGCAUCUGCUCCACUUAAAUCAAUAAAAUAAUUAAUAAGCUUUUGAUGCAUGCCGUUUUUUAUUAUUUCACCUUCAGGGUGGUGAGGAAACCUUCAGGAAAUAUUGGUGUUUUCGACCCAACAGAGAUUCACAACCAAAAACACUUAAAAACUUACAUGAGGGAAAGCUUAGUUCGGCUUGGUUUCCAUCUGAUAUUCUUCUUUGUUUUCCUAUAUUGGUAAGUACAUUAUAUGUAUAUUUUAUUUUUUCAUUUUCCAAUAUUAUUAAAAUUAAAAUGGUACAUGCAAAUAAGCUAAAUUAUUAUCUAAUUUAAUUUUUUAAAUUGAGGCAACAAAUUUUUUUUUUAUAUAUUUAGCAUUCUUAAACUUAACUUUGCUGCAACAAUUAAUAUCGACAACCAAAACCAAUAUAAUUUUUAAAAAAUUUUCUGGAACUCCAUUCUCUACUAUAUGGUAAAGAACGCCAGAGUUUUUUUAACCAUUUAGACUAAAUGUCUCUUGGCAACAAACUGUUGUUUAAUGUACUCACAGAUACUGUCUAUUUCCAGCUUUAACAACAUAUCCAUUUCAAAUAUUUAUUUUUUUAAAUUUCAGGAUGAUUUAUUCAUUAGUGAAAGGAUAUUGAAUAAGUUGCUGUUUUAAAUUUAAAUAUAAACAUAGUUUUAUACUGUUAGACUUGAAAAAUAAAAUAAUGUGCCAUCUGAGUAGUUUAACUCAGUACACUGUCAAACGCUUGUAAACUUUAUCCCUUGUUUGAAAAGGAAAAUGUAUUCUAAUUUGAAAAAAUACAGGCUGAUUUUUGUAUUGAAAAAUGUUGAACAUGAAGAACUGUCUUCUUUUUUUACAUAACAUGUACUUAAUGGUCAUUUUUGAAAAGUAGCAAAUUAUAAACUACUUUACAUAGUAGCAAAUCUUCAAAAGAGAUAAAGAGUAGAAACUAAAG